AGCAACACCAAGCAACGGUAUACAGAAAUUUCAGUUGGUGACAAAGUGUUAGUUCACAAUACCAGGAAGGCCAUCACGAAAAGAAAGGGCAACUUGGAACCAAAUUAUACCGGCCCCUACAUAGUGACUAAGUUUGAGGGAAACCUGGCUAAUUUAAAGACCGUCUCAGGUGAUGAACUUAAAAAAAAAUACAACGUUGAUCAACUAAAGGUUUUCAUCAGUCCAGAGACAGACGACCAGGAUUUCACAACAUCAACCGGACAAGAGCCUCAGCCGACAUCUGGGUACAAGAGCAGUACACCAUACAUCAACCCAAAGGACCUGAAAACUAAAAGCUAUCUUCAACAGAUAAAAGCUCAUGGGUCUCUAAAACAGCUGAUUGAGAUUGUCGCAAAAAUGGACCUGUCAAAACCAACAAGCCUGUCAAAUUUAAGUAGGAUGCUGAAAGAAUGCCCAAUACAAAGUUUUGUGUCAGAGGUUGCCAGAGACUUUGAAGAAGAGAUGGACCUAUUCGCUGCGCAGAUACUUCCAGAACUAAGACACUUAGAAACUACUAUAUCAGAAAAGACAACAAUGACUUUGAUUUUGUCAGCUGUAUGCUGCAGAGCCAUGGAGCUAUUUGAACCUGUGGCAACAAUUGCCAAGACACUGGUAUCUCGACCAAACCAUUUGAUGCCAUUGCCAGACCAGACUGUUCAUCUGCCGAAAUCCAGGCUCUGUGUAGGUGGUGAGUGCAUUGAAGAGGAGGAUCUCAAGACACUGGAUGAUGGACAAUGGCUAAAUGAUAAGAUAAUAAAUGCAUUUCUUGGAUUGCUCAAAACACAGAUGAAUGUAACUGACAUAUUUGUGUUCCCAUCCUACACAGCGGUUUUGUGGGAGAAUGGCAACCUUGGCCAUUGGCUAUUUAAAAAGGUACAGUUUCUGAAGUUCAAGCAUCUUAUCUUACCGAUAAAUGUCAAUGGAAAUCAUUGGGUUUUACUGGGGUUUUACACAAGGGACAGAACUGUAACAAUACUGGAUUCUAUGAAUGGCAAAAAUGCAGAGAAAUUCAUCAGUUUAUGGAGAAAGCAUAUGGAGAUUAGGGAUUCCUGCCCAGAGGUACACGAAAAACUGGGACAAUUGAUUCAGUUUCAAAUAAACAGAUAGAUGGCCAUUCCUGUGGUGUCUUUGUACUUAUGAAUGCAGAGUGCAUUGCACAUAACCUGCCACCUAAGAUAAUGCGUCAGGUACAUUGCCUAAAUUAUAGGAAAUAUGUACGAUCUGCCCUAAUACUUAAAGGAGUAUCGAAAGAUGACAGGAGAUGUGACCAGCCCGACUGCAAGGGAAAAAAGGGAGUCUUGCGUUUGAUACAGUGCUGUGUUUGUGGACGGUGGUUCCACACAAAAUGUUGUGGAGUCACAACAAAAUCAGCCAUCGAAGACGAUUUUGAGUGUGUGUUUUGUUUGGCUGCAUAUAAUUAAAGCUGCAUGCCUCCAGAUGAGCCAAAAUAUUUCAAGAAAAUAAACCUUAAGAAAAAUGUUCUUAGAUUUUAAGAAUAGUAAAAGUAUUCACAAUUCAAGAAAUAGUUUACAUGCUGUAUGCAAUUAAUGACUAAUUUUGAAUUAUUUUUUAUCUUAUACUGCGUUACUAACGCAAUAAGGACUAUUUUUUCAUAUUUUGUUAAUUUGAAGUGCUGAUUGAAAUAUGAACAUUAUUUUCUUUGUUCACUUUACAAUAUUUUACAUUUAAAUACAUUUUCAAAAUGUUCUCUAAAAGUAGCUUGAAUCUGGAGGCGUGGUGCUUUACAUACAGAGGAGACUUUGUAUUUAAGUUUAUUAU